UGUAUUUAUUUUAUAUAAGGAGGGGAAAGUAAUUAACGACCAGUCCCUUCUUAUUAAUCUCCAUCCUAUCGUCUACGUAUAAACCCAGCUCUUUUUAAAUUAUUAUUACUUGAUGCAUGUAUAUGGAGAAAAGGUGUUCUACAAGUAUGUUAAGAACGAGAUCGGAUCAGCUGCUGGAGAUGAUGGCGGCGGCCUUGAAGUCACCGGACAGCAGCGGAGGAGAGGGGCUACGGAGGAAGGUUUCAUCGCCAGGGCGGAGCACACACAUUAGGAAGUGGAGAAGCGCGCAGAUGAAGCAUGAGUUGGAGGAGCUGAGCAGUGGCGUCGCACUGAGCCGCGCCUCCAGCGCCAGCUUAGCCUUACCCUUUUCCUUCACCGGCUUCACCGUACCACCGCCGGCAGACAAUAUACCUGCAGCUGAUUCUGAGCUGGCGGCAUUCAGCGACGGCGACGAUGACAAUGGUAAAGAUCUUGAAGCAGGAAGAGACAAGAAGAAGAUAAAUGAUGCAGGACCGACCUUACCAAUCUUCCUCAAGUUUAGUGAGAUUAGCUACAAAGUAGUUGUGAAGGGGAAGAGAUGUAAAGGGGAAAAGGAGAUUUUGAAUGGAAUAAGCGGUGGAGUAGAUCCCGGGGAAGUUUUGGCGCUGAUGGGGCCUUCCGGAAGUGGAAAGACUACUCUCCUCACCCUUCUGGGAGGAAGGAAUAAAAGAGGGCCAGCACCCGGCGGUUCCAUUACUUAUAAUGACCAACCAUAUUCCAAGUUACUUAAGAGCAGGAUAGGAUUUGUGAGUCAAGAUGACAUCCUCUUCCCUCACUUAACAGUGCGAGAAACACUGACCUAUGCUGCUCGGCUAAGGCUACCCAAGACACUGAGCAGGGAGGAAAAGGAAAGAAGGGCAAUGGAUGUCAUCUUCGAGCUGGGGUUAGAAAGGUGCCAAGACACCAUGGUUGGGGGCUCCUCCUUUGUUAGAGGAGUCUCCGGCGGAGAAAGAAAACGUGUUUGCAUUGGCAAUGAGAUUAUAUUAAAUCCCUCCCUUCUCUUCCUGGAUGAACCUACAUCUGGUUUGGACUCCACAACUGCUUUAAAGAUCGUUGACAUAUUACAUGAUAUAGCUCAGGCAGGAAAAACAGUGAUUACCACAAUUCAUCAGCCAUCAAGCAGGUUGUUCCUCAAGUUUGACAAGUUGAUUCUUCUUAGCAAAGGAAGCUUGCUUUACUUUGGGAAGGCAUCAUCUGCAAUGGAUUAUUUCUCAUCCAUAGGGUGUGCCCCACUCAUUGCCAUGAAUCCAGCAGAAUUCCUGCUGGACCUUGCUAAUGGAAACGUCAAUGAUGUCUCCAUCCCAUCAGAGCUGAAUGACAAAGUGCAAAUGGGUAAUUACAUGCGUCAAACGCAAAAAAGAAAGCCAUCUCUAUCAGUUAUGCAUGAGUAUCUUGUGGAAUCUUAUGAGACACAUAUAGCUGAAAGUGAAAAGAAGAAACUUCUUGGCCCUCUACCCAUUGAUGAAGAGCUGAAGUCCAAAGUGAGUUGCAUAAAGAGAGAAUGGGGAGCAAGCUGGUGCGAACAAUUUUGCAUAUUGUUUUGGCGAGGACUUAAAGAAAGGAAGCACGACUAUUUUAGCUGGUUAAGAAUCACUCAAGUCAUUGCAACAGCGCUUAUAUUGGGUAUGCUCUGGUGGCAGUCCGGAGGUGAUCAUAAUCCUACUCAAUUACAAGAUCAGGCAGGACUGCUCUUCUUCAUUGCUGUGUUUUGGGGAUUUUUUCCAGUCUUCACAGCAAUAUUCACAUUUCCUCAGGAAAGAGCAAUGCUAAACAAAGAGAGAGCAGCUGAUAUGUACCGAUUAAGUGCAUAUUUCGUGGCCCGGACAACCAGUGAUCUGCCACUUGACCUAUUCCUUCCAUUACUCUUUAUUGUUGUUGUGUAUUUGAUGGCAGGCUUGAAAAGUGAUGCUGCUUCCUUCUUCCUAACAGUGCUUACUGUUUUCCUAUGUAUUGUGGCAGCCCAGGGACUAGGACUAGCUAUUGGGGCCACCCUAAUGGAUCUGAAGAGGGCAACAACUCUUGCUUCAGUUACUGUGAUGACCUUUAUGUUGGCUGGUGGAUAUUUUAUACAGAGGGUACCGAAAUUCAUAGCAUGGCUGCGGUAUCUGUCCUUCAACUAUCACACAUUCAAACUUCUGCUAAAGGUUCAAUAUGGAGGCAUAACAAAUUCAGUGAAUGGGAUCAAAAUAGACAAGGGAUUCAAAGAAGUAAGUGCACUGGCAGCUAUGGUCGUUUGUUAUCGGCUUUUGGCGUACAUAUCUUUGAGAAGAAUGAAGCUUCAUUCUGUUGAUGCUUAGACCAUUCACACUUCUCCAUCUCUUUGGAGACAGAUCAGACAAGUUAACUUUUCCUAUUGCUGUUAUUUAUGAAACAUUCAAGGCCUCACCUCUUUGUCCAGACAACCAAAAUAUUGUAUUUUUUUUAUAGAGGGCCACACAAACAACAAGCUUUUUUAUUCAGGUUACUGUCCGGAUUCAACUAAAUAUAUAGUUUAAUUUCUUUAUCUUA